UACCAUUAGAAAGGGCAAAAAAUAUCCGAGUCUCUUCACCAUAGAGAUUAGAGUUUAAGAGAACAAGAGAGGCUUGAAUAUACUGAUAAUUUUGUGAAAAGAAAGAAAAAGAUGAGAGGGGUGAGUGAUCUAAAUGUCCUUAUUUUAGGCUUUAUUUUCUUGUGUCUUUCCUUAGCUCUAAUCAAGAUCUUGCACAUGCUAUGGUGGGCUCCAAUGAGGGUAAAAUAUUUGAUGGGUUUACAAGGAGUGAAAGGUCCUCCUUAUAGAUUCAUCCAUGGAAGCACCAAAGAGAUUAUGAGCAUGCAAAAAGAAGCCAUGGCCAAACCUUUGGGUUUAUCCAAUAACAUAUACCCUAAACUUCUGCCUCACGUUCACUGUUGGACCAACUUAUAUGGAAAGAAUUAUCUUCAGUGGUAUGGUAAGCAACCUCAAUUAGCUGUUACUGAACCAGAGUUGAUCAAAGAAAUACUGAGUGAUAGACAAAGACUCUAUCCAAAAAACAAGCCUCAACUGUUUGUCAAGAAGCUAUUGGGUGAUGGUCUUGCCUCAUCUCAAGGUGAGAAGUGGGCGAAAAUGCGGAAAAUCGCCAAUCAUGCCUUCCAAACAGAGAGCUUGAAAGGUAUGAUUCCUGCGAUGAUUUCCAGUGCUGAAACCAUGUUAGAAAGAUGGAAAUGUCAUGAAGGUAAAGAGGUUGAAGUGUACGAGGACUUUAGAUUGUUGACUGCAGAAGUCAUUUCCAGGACAGCUUUUGGGAGCAGUUACUUGGAAGGGAAGAACGUAUUUGAGAUGUUAGUGAAGUUAACCGCUAUAACUUCCAGAAACUUAGUCAAACAAAGGUUUCCUGGUUUAAGUAUGUUUUUUAAAACUCAUGAUCAGAUAGAAUCAGAGAAGCUCGAAAAAGGAAUACGGGACUCCAUAUUAAAGAUAAUUAAGAAAAGGGAAGAGAGUAUAAUGAAUAGAGAAGAAGAUGGCUUUGGCAGUGAUUUUCUUGGAGUACUACUGAAGGCUCAUCACGAUGCCAACAUAAACCAGAGGAUUUCAGUAGAUGAUAUGGUGGAUGAAUGCAAGACGUUUUAUUUUGCUGGGCAGGAAACAACUAAUACAUUACUUGGGUGGUCUGUAUUUCUUCUGGCAGUACAUACAGAUUGGCAAGAGAAAGCAAGAAAUGAGGUGCUUGAAAUAUUCGGGAAACAAAAUCCAAAUGCAGAUGGCAUAACAGAACUUAAAUCUAUGGGCUUGAUCAUCAAUGAGACCCUACGGUUAUAUUCACCAGUAGUUGUAAUGUCAAGAAAAGUUGAAAGCGAAGUGAAAUUAGGAAAGCUCAACCUUCCAGCAAAUACAGUUUUGUACAUACCAAUCCUAGCACUACACCAUGAUCCUGAAAUCUGGGGAGAUGAUGUUCAUCUUUUCAAACCAGAGAGAUUCUCUCAGGGAGUUUCUAAAGCUACAAAAGACAACAUGGCUGCUUUCCUUCCCUUUGGAAUGGGACCUCGAACUUGUUUAGGCUUUAAUUUUGCCAUCAAUGAAGCAAAGAUAGUUUUGGCAAUGAUUCUGCAACGCUAUAGCUUCACCUUGUCCCCGGCGUAUGUCCAUUCGCCAGUUCAGAUUCUCACAACUCGCCCACAGCAUGGAAUUCAAGUGAUCCUACAGCCGCUUUGAAGCCUAAGUUAAGUACGCGACUGGAAACUAAUUACCUUGGGUGCAAACAAUGUUUUACACCAUUUUCUAAAAGAAAAUAUUUAAAGAGUGAGUUGUUGUGUUGUCCUAAAACUGGUAUCUUUGCUUCACAACAUUUGCUAAAAUAAAUAUUCAAAUAGUUGUUGUGUUGUAUCUAAAUCUAAUAUCAAUCUCUCCAUUGUUUGCUUUUA